ACUCGGCUUGGCUUUUUCGGCUUCCUAACUCGCGUGAUCGAUCGGGAAACGCGUUUCGCGGCAAAAAGGCUCUUGCAAUAAUAACGGGUUUCUCGGAUGCGACCCUCUCGAAUUCAAAAUCGUAUGUGUACAAAACCGUAGAGUCACCAAAACAAUGGCAUUAUAACAAAAAGUACUUUUAACAUUUGUAAAAUAUACAAAACCUUGCUUUGGGCAAAAGAGUUUUAAUUGAACAACUACAACUUCAGCCGGUUCAAAGCAGUUAAAGCCGCCUGGUACUUACCUACAUUAACAACAUUUAACUACCAACAACAACAGCUGCCAAUCAGCAUAAAAUAACCUCAAUUGUCGCCUAGUGAAUUGAAUUAAGCCGAAGUGAAGGUGUUUAACUAAGAAUAUCGGGGAUAAGAAGCCGCAAAAACAAAACCGGCUGGCUUUUCACUGACCGCCCAAAUAUGGAAUCGUCACAAAGGAACCACCAGAAUCCCGCCUUCGUAGGCGACGAUGGACGCAGUACGGCCAGCACAGUGGAGAUUUCGGCCAGCAAUCCUGCCCUGCGAGAUAAUUCCGAUGACCAGGAGGCAGGCGGAAAAGUGCCCGAAGAGCGGGCCACCUGGGGCAAGGGCGUGGAGUUCCUCAUGUCCUGCAUCGCCAUGUCCGUGGGCCUCGGAAACGUGUGGCGAUUCCCCUUCACCGCUUUGGAUAAUGGCGGCGGCGCCUUCCUCAUUCCAUAUCUCAUUGUCCUGUUCCUGAUUGGCAAACCGAUUUACUAUCUGGAAAUGGUAAUUGGACAGUUUUCCAGUCGCGGCUCGGUGAAGGUGUUCGAUUUGUGCCCUGCCAUGAAAGGUGUUGGAGCCGGCCAGGCGUUCCAGGUGUUUAUGCUCAGCACUUACUAUGCCGCCCUGGUAGCGAUAAUUGGCCGAUAUUUCAUUGAAUCAUUCCGCAACCCAUUGCCCUGGGCCGAAUGCCAGGCGGAGUGGGGUAUUAACUGCAUUAACUCGGCACCGAAUGCGAAUAAUUGGUCCCAGGUGGAGAGUAGCGAUGAUCGGCGAACUCAAAAUUACACAAUGAAAUCAGAAAACGAUCGGGUCAUCACCAGUUCGGAAUGGUACUUUGUUAAGGAAGUCCUCCACGAGACACCGAAUAUCGAAAAUGGAAUUGGCCUGCCCAAUUGGGAGCUGGUCGUUGGACUUUUCGUGGCCUGGGCCUGUGUGUUCUUCAUCAUCCGUCGCGGAGUCAAGAGUUCGGGCAAGGCGUCCUACUUCCUGGCCCUCUUCCCGUACGUCAUCAUGGGUGUCCUUUUGGUGCGAGCCGUAACCCUCCCCGGCUCAAUCGAUGGGAUUUACUACUUUAUAAAGCCGCAGUGGGGCAAGAUUCUGGACCCGAAGGUCUGGUAUGCGGCCGUAACCCAGUGCUUCUACUCCCUCUCCGUUUGUUUUGGCAACAUCAUCAUGUACUCCUCGUUCAACAAGUUCGGCCAUAAUGUUCAUCGGGAUGCUGCCAUUGUUACGGGUUUGGAUACAAUGACCUCUCUGCUAGCGGGCUUUACGAUUUUUGGGAUCCUCGGACAUUUGGCCCAUGAGAUCGGAACCGAUGACAUUGGUUCGGUGGUGAAGGGAGGUGCUGGACUGGCCUUCAUCUCGUAUCCCGAUGCCAUUGCCAAGUUCAAACAGCUUCCACAGAUCUUCUCGGUCCUCUUCUUCCUGAUGCUCUUCGUUUUGGGCAUAGGAUCGAAUAUUGCCAUGACUUCCUGCUCGGUGACCGCCAUUCGGGAUCGGUUCCCGAACUUCAAGCAGUGGCAGUGCUCGCUGCUCAUAGCGGUGGUCAGCUUUUUGAUCGGUCUGAUGUACAUAACGCCGGGCGGCCAAUAUAUGCUGACUUUGGUGGACUUUUUCGGCGCCUCUAUGAUUGCCUUGGUUCUGGGCAUUGCCGAGCUCUACACCAUUGGAUGGAUCUACGGCACAGAUCGUCUGUGCAAGGACAUUGAGUUCAUGCUGAAUCGCAAAGUGGGUCUCUACUGGCGACUCUGCUGGAGCAUCAUUACCCCGCUGAUCAUGACGGUUAUUCUGAUUUACUUCUAUGCGACCUACGAACCGCUGACCUAUAAUAAUAUUAUCUACCCCAAUUGGGCAUACAGCAUUGGUUGGAUGAUCACCGCCUUUGGUAUCCUCCAACUGCCCAUUUGGAUGAUUGUGGCCAUUAUUCGAGAUCCUGGUAAAACACUGGGUGCCAAGAUCCGUGGAGCCUUUACCCCUAAGAAGAAUUGGGGACCCAUGGAUCCGCUGCUCAGGGAACAGUACAACAAGGAAAUUGAAAAUGAGUUGACCCCGAAACGGGGUCAGGGAAUUUGGGCUGCCAUCAAGCAAAACAUCUUCGGCUGAUCUAUGAUAUUUUACAACCCCUUGCUCAUGUAAAUAAUCUGCUGUACUUUAAGUCAAAGGAAUUUAAAAGAUCUUGUUUAAAUCUUAAGUCUGCCAAUAAAUGCGAUAAGUAUCAAAA